UUUUUUUUUUUUUUCUGUUUCUCAAUUCUUUUAGCGCUUGCAGAGCCUUGCGAGCGCGCAGACCGCGUUCAUCAAUCGACAGCUCGAAUAUUUUCAUUCAGACAUCUUUGACAGAAUCUUCGUCCAUUGUUUGCUGGUUGACACAGCUUUGUCUGUCUGCGUGCCCUAUGGUUAUUGAGCAAAUCACAGUUUCAUCAAAGUGCACAAUGUUUGGUCCUGGCAAAACAACGCCUUCGUGCCUUUGACGAGCCCGCUCUUUGUCGAACCACCUAUAUCUUCUGCCGCCAGCGUGAUCCUGCUUGCUCAUCAAUCUCGAAAUUACCCCUUCUCACCCAAAGAAAGAAAACACCGCACAUUGCCCGGCCUUUUAAGUAAUCCUGUGACCCAUCGACGUGAUACUAGUUUAGGCAAGUAUGUCCUCGCAAAAACAGACCCAGUCACCGCACAGACGUCACCCAAUCUCAAACCAGUUGCCACAUGACAGGACACGGGAUGCCGGGAACGACAUGUCAGCAGGUGAUCUAGCGAGAGCGGGUGUCGGCAGUGUCGACAGCGCAGCCCAGUCAGUCAAAGUCGACGAAGAAGAGGAUUGGUUCCGCGACGUGCCAGUUAGUUUCAAGACCGAAGAGGAAGACAAUUCGGAGCAGAGUCCCAGCAGAGUACCAGAAUUGCCAGUUCUCUUCUCCGACGACUCCGAGAUGCUGCGUGAGCCACAACCUGUCUUGAGCAGUAAGCAAAUCGCAGGGAGUGAAGACCACUUUGUGCAGAACAAGCCUGAAAUCAAGGAAAGUUCCAAGCAGAAAGAUGUGCCAUCUGUUGUUACCGACUCACUGAUAGCGGCGUUCAGUGAAAUUCUGAAUCCUCCGGGCGUUGACGCGGUGCAGACCUACAAUCCGGAGCGCAUCCGCACAAUCAUACACGGACUACGUGACAUCGGCAUCUUCCAACACAUCAAAUGUCUUGAGUCAAACGAGCCAUUCGACUUUCACGAAUGGGACGAAACCAGGCAUCGCGCAGCCGCAGCCAUCGUCUUCGGCGAGAAGUACGAGGACAUCGAUCGAAACGGGGAGAACCUCGAGGCCGCAGACAUCCAGCGUCUAACAAAGAUUUUCAAAGAAAUAUUCAGGGAUGUCCACGGCCACUAUCCUACCGAUUCGUCUCCUGUGGGCACGCGAAAUGAAACCCCGGAUCAGGUGCUGGGCCCAGACGUCGGGAUAGAUCGCCAAGGUCAGGAGCAGGACGACCAGCCAAGAAUGACAGCGCAGCUCAUGCAGCGAGUUCAUGAUCGUGCAACUGACUUGGCGCAGGGGCUGAAUAGAUGGGUAGAGGAGAUGACAUGGCAAGGCAUAAAGCGCGAUGCAGUUCAGACUAAAAUCAUCGCGGCCCUCAAAGACAUUGGCGUCACUAUUGAGGGUGUGAGUGUGUAUUCCCAAAGAGCUGCUGAGAUGCUAAAAGUAAAGCAGACGGACUUUGAGGAUUUGAGACGUACAUACGAUCAGGAGCACCGCGAACCUGGAAACUUCGGAUAUGAACAUGGUAAGUCUCCGACGAAGGUAAGAGUCCAGGAGGAGCUUGCCACUGCACAACAAACUCAAUCCAAAGUUGGUCCAUCACAAAAGGGAACCACUGAUGACGGGGGUCCUUUGCAGCCCUCUCGGGCUAAAGAAAAGGAGAAUGUGAAGCCCACACAAAAGAAUAGCAAUUUCUCAAAGGCGCCCAAGAAAUCAAACUCGAAGUGUGACUAUCACAACCCGGACAAGCGAGGCAUCAAGAUCCUAGAGUGCUUACGGGGAUGCGGUCGAAAGAUCCAUGCGGCGUGUCUAGAAACACAGAAGAGUGGGGGCUGGAUCUGCCACAUCUGUGCCAAAAAGGAGAAUCCCAAGCUGAAAGAUCCAAUCUACGCGUCUAGAUUCACGGGCAAGGACGACGAGGACGACGAGGACGGCGAUGCAGGUGAGGACGCAGAUCCCAGUCUGUCGGGACGGACGAGACGCAAAACCAAGCCCACAAGAAGGCUCUCGGAGACAGCGGCGCAAGCGGCGAAUCGAGGUUCCAAGGACACCAAGUUAGCCUCCGUAGACGCCAAGUCAGCCAAACAAGGGGCGAAGAGAAAGAGGCCGGACGAGCCGACGACAACGGAGGGCGAGGGUGACGGCGGGGACAACGACGAGGAACAGGAGGCAGAGACGGAGGCGCGCCCGGAGAAAAGGACGAAGCAAGAAUCAGCGGGCGGACCCGACGAUGGUAGAGCACCGGCGAUCGUGAACGCCCACUUGCAGCCGCAGCAGGGGCGAGCGGAGACGGAGCGUCGGCCAUUUGCGAGGGGGGCCAUCAAGACGUUCGGCUCGGAUGGCAGGGUGCAAACGAUCCGGAAGUAGGUUGGCACAGCAUGCGACAGACGCGCGGUGACAGGACGUGGGUCGCUCCCGUCGCACAAGACAGUCAUGUCCCUCUGCCGCGUUCUCGGUUUGCCCACUGUCGUGAACUCUUAAACGUCACUCUGCUGGGGACGCGUCCGGUCUUCCACAAAUGGUUGAGCGAGGGCCCGCUGUUUCCGCCUGGCUCGACGCGGCUUAGGGCAGGACGAUUCUGUUUGUACGCGUUGUCCGCUGAUGCACUGGAUGCAUGAGUUUACGCGACGUUCAGCAAUUAUAUAUGAUUUUUGAUGAAUUGAUUCUAACCCGGGCUGUGCACGAACUAUCUGUG